GAAAUACGUUUAUCAAGGCUGAUGUCUGCACUAUUCAAGCAUCCUUAAGAUGACCUUGGAGCUAUGGGUUUUGAGCAUUAUGUCUAUCGUCACAACGAUCGUCAUCAUCACAUUUAUUCUUCUAAUCGUUAUGUAUCUCACCACAGAUCCAUAUCCCAAUCUAACACGGACUAGCGAAGAAGAGUACUUCUUUGAUCCAGAAUCUUCGGAAUGCUUCAAAUUACCAUACGGGCUUACAGAAAGACCUGAAAAAGAACUUUCAGUUAUUAUUCCGGCGUACAAUGAAGUCGAAAGACUUCCUACAAUGUUGGCUGAAACUUUGGAUUACCUUAAUAAAAGAAAAAAUUUAAAUAAGGCGUUUACUUUCGAAGUUAUUAUUGUAAACGAUGGCAGUAAAGACCAUACAAGAGAGAUUGCUCAGAAGUAUUCUAAAAUGGAAGGUUCGGAUACUGUCCGUGUCAUAUCCCUUAGUAGAAACCGUGGAAAGGGUGCAGCUGUCAGAAUAGGAAUGCUAUCAGCACGUGGUCGUAUACUGUUGUUUGCGGAUGCUGAUGGAGCGACUCAAUUUUCUGAUAUUGAAAAGUUAGAAGAAGCUUUGUCAUCGUCUAUAGCCAAUAGAUGGAAUGGUGGUAUGGCAGUUAUAUGCGGUUCUAGAGCACAUUUAGAAGAACAAGCAAUUGCUAAACGUCAUCCAUUAAGAAAUUUACUCAUGUAUGGAUUUAAAUUUUUCGUUUGGCUUGUUUGUGUUCGUGGAGUUCGUGAUACCCAGUGUGGAUUUAAAUUAUUCAGUAGACCUGCUGCUCGUGUACUAUUUCAUAAUUUACAUGUUGAACGUUGGGCAUUUGAUGUAGACCUCUUGUAUUUAGCUAAACAUUUUGAGAUGAAUAUAGUUGAAAUACCUGUUCAUUGGAAAGAAAUUCCAGGAUCAAAAUUGGUUCCAAUUUUCUCAUGGAUUCAAAUGGCUAAAGAUCUACUUAUGAUUCGUUUGAGGUAUUCCCUAGGAGCUUGGAAAAUUGAACCAGUUUAUACAUAAUGUGUUAUUGAUGUAGUAAACAUUCAUUUAGUCAUGAUAUUAUUAUUAUUAUCAUUCUUUUCAAUGCAUCGUGUACAUUCCUACUUGGGAUUCUUGUAUUUUAUACUUUAUACUUUUCUUCUUCUUCUUCUACUUCUUCUGUGAAGUUCCAUUCCAAUUAUUGCACAAAUUAAGUUGUUGUUUUUUUUUUCUCUUGUCAUAUUCUUCUAUUACUCUACUUAUUCAACACAUCUGUGUGUAUUGCUUUUUGUAAUUUCCUCAAUGAGAGAGUACUUAACUACAACUUGUACGCAGGAUUAUGCGAGAACACAAUGGAUUGUUGUUGUAUUGGAUUGGACUGGAUUGUUGUAUAAUGAUUAUGACUAAAAAAUUUCGGACAGGUGGUAUUA